ACUUGCACCGCUUUUUUUUUAAGGUUUUCCACAACUCAAAAAGUUGAAGACAUUAGACCUUUCAUAUAACUACCGUCUAAAUGGUUGCAUCUUGUCAAGUUUGAAUGGAUUAACUGCUCUAACAAAUUUAGACCUCUGUGGAAAUCAAAUGGGUAGUAACUUCUCCACUCAAGGAUUUCUUAAAUUCAAGAAGUUGAAGACAUUAAACAUGUCAAGUAACAAUCUAAAUGGUAUCAUUUUAUCAAGUUUGAAUGGAUUAACUUCUCUUACAACUUUGAGCCUCGGCGAUAAUUUGAUAGGCGAUAACUUAUCUGCUCAAGGUUUUCCACAACUCAAAAAGUUGAAGACAUUAGACCUUUCAGCUAACGGUCUAAAUGGUAGCAUCUUGUGAAGUUUGAAUGGAUUAACUGCUCUAACAACUUUAAACCUCUGUCGAAAUCAAAUGGGUAAUAACUUCUCCACUCAAGGGUUUUCAAAGUUCCAGGAGUUAGAAGACUUAGACCUUUCCGGAAAUGAUCUAAGUUGCAGCGACCUACCAAAUUUAUUUGGGUUCACAUCAUUAACAAGUCUGAAGUUGUACAACAACAACUUUAAUUAUUCUCUCCUUCUUUUAGAUAUGCAGAAUUUGAGAAAUUUAAAAUCGUUAGAUCUAAGCAAUAGUCACAUCGAUGGCUCAAUUGAAGGAUUAUGCAAAUUGAAGGAUUUGGUAGAGUUAGAUAUAAGCUAUAAUAUGCUUAGUGCUCCACCUCCUGAGUGUUUAAGCAACUUAACAAACCUCAAAGUUCUUAACCUUGGCUAUAAUUUGAUCAGUGAUUUUCCAUCCUUCAUUAGCAAUCUUACAUCCUUGACACACUUGUCCCUCUAUAAAAACUACAUGAAAGGAUCAUUUUCAUUGAGCACUUUGGCUAAUCACUCAAAACUUCAAGCAUUGUAUAUUUCAUCACAAAGCAUUGGAGCACACAUUGAGACUGAAAACAUAAAGUGGUUACCGAAAUUUCAAUUGAAGUAUCUUGUUAUCCGAAAUUGCAACUUAAAUAUGGACAAAGGAAAUGUGAUUCCUAGUUUUCUUUCAUAUCAAUAUAAUCUGAUAUUGAUUGACAUGUCCAGCAACAAAUUAGUUGGGUCAUUUCCAAGUUGGUUGCAGCAUAAUGAUGGCAUACAAUAUUUGGAUAUAUCAAACAACAGUUUAAGUGGUUUGCUUCCAAAAGAUAUUGAUAUAUUCCUUCCUACGGUUACAUAUUUGAAAAUUUCUCAGAAUAGCUUUGAAGGAAAUAUACCUGGAUCAAUAGGUAAGAUGAAAAAAGUUAUGUUUCUGGACUUCUCUUAUAAUCAUUUCUCGGGUUACUUACCUAAAAAUUUGGUCACUGAGUGCAAUGAUUUGCAAUACUUGAAGCUCUCCAAUAACUUUUUACAAGGCAAUAUUCCAAAAUUUUCAAAUUUGAUGAAUAUGGGAAUGUUAUUUCUCAAUAAUAACAACUUUACUGGAAACCUUGAAGAUGUGUUCGGAAACAAUACAAGACUAGAAUUGCUAGACAUAUCCAAUAAUUCAAUCUCAGGCACAAUUCCUAGUUCAUUUGGGAUGAAUGAGUUGUUUAUCCUUCUUUUGAAUGAAAAUCUAUUAGAAGGUUAUAUCCCCGUUGAGAUAUCGAACAAGGGACUUCUUGAAGUUUUGGAUCUUUCUCAAAACAAGUUAAUAGGGUCAAUCCCAAAUUUGAGUAUUUUUAAGGAGCUAAAGUACUUGUAUUUGCAAAAGAAUAAUCUCUCUGGAAAUAUACCAUUAGGAUUAUCUGGAAACUCGGAGCUGGAAGUUCUAGACUUAAGGGACAACAAAUUUUCAGGUAAAAUUCCCAAUUGGUUGGAUAAACUUUCAUACUUAAGUGUUCUUUUGCUUGGAGGGAACAACUUGGAAGGAGAUAUUCCAAUUCAACUAUGUCGGUUAAAAAAAAUCAACAUUAUGGACCUAUCACGGAACAUGCUCAAAUCUUCUAUACCGUCUUGCUUUCAAAAUUUGUCAUUUGGAAAAGAUGAUGUGGACAUUGAUACAUAUUCCAAAUUCACAGUGGGUAUAGGAUUAAUGCUCAGCAAAUCUACUUAUGUAGAUUCUUUCUUAACUCAGGAUGCUAUGAAAGUUCCAAAUGAUUUAUUUGAUCUAUUUCUUGUAGACCAAAGUUUGGAAGUCGAGUUCAGAACAAAGAAUAACUAUUACUUUUACAAAGGUAAAAUUCUAGCCAACAUGACUGGAUUGGAUUUAUCGUGCAAUAAGUUAACAGGUACCAUCCCUUCUCAAAUUGGGAACCUAGAGCAAAUUAGAGCCUUGAACUUAUCUCAUAAUUACUUCUCAGGUCAUAUUCCAAUCACAUUUUCAAAUCUUACCCAAAUAGAAAGCCUUGACUUAUCAUACAAUAACUUGAGUGGUAAGAUUCCCGGUGAACUGACCCAAUUAACCUUCUUAUCAAUAUUCAAUGUGUCUUACAACAACUUUUCUGGAACACCGCCUAUUACAGGACAAUUUGGAGGCUUUGAUGAAGAAAACUAUAAAGGUAAUCCUGGUCUUUGUGGACCACUUCUGGACCGAAAGUGUGACAGUGUUGCAUCUUCACCUUCAUCACAACCCCAUGAUAGUGGAGAAAAGGAAAGCAAAGUGGACAUGAUAUCAUUUUACUGGAGUUUUGCAGCAUCUUAUAUAACAAUACUACUGAGCAUCAUAACAAUGCUUUACAUCAAUGCACGUUGGCGCAUGGCCUGGUUUUAUUUCAUUAGUAAGACUAUACGUAAACGUUUUCCAAAUUUUCCAAAAUUGUAUUGAGAAUUUCCAUAUUAUCUGUUGAAAACUUUAAUUUUAGUCAAUUUGAUGUUAAGUUCUUUUGUAGACUUGCAUGUUGUUUGUGGAAACAUGUAAUAAAUUGUUUUAGUGUUGUU